AUGGCGGCGCUGAAGGAGAGGGCCAGGAGCGCCGUGCAGACCGUGAGGGAGCAGGGCGAGGAGCAGAAGCGGGAGGAGGCCCUGCAGGAGAGCCAUGAGCAGCAGAUGGCGGCGCUGAAGGAGAGGGCCAGGAGCGCCGUGCAGAAGGUGCGCGAGGAGAGCGAGGAGCAGAAGGCCCGCAUACUGGAGGAGCUCCAGCAAGCCAUCUCUGAGGACUCGGGCGGCGAUUCCGCAGCUCUGCAGCAGCAGCUGGCCGAGGCGCAGCGGAGCCUGGAGGACAACAAGGCGACGAUUGCCGACCUGCAGCGCGACCUGGACGCCAAGGAUUGCUCGGAGAUGCUCAUGUCCGACUCGGUGGUGGAGCUGAAGGGCGAGCUCGGCGGCGCCCAGGAGGCCCUGGAGGAGGAGCGCCGGCGGCUUGGCGAGCUGCAGGAACGUUACGACGCCACUGGCUCCACCCGAGAGCGCCUCGAGGAGGAGCUGCGCCGGGCAGAGGCCUCCGCAGAGAGCCUGCAGCUGGAGCUGAUGAGCGCGCAGUGCGACGGGGACGGCAGCCCUGCAGCGGACGUCCUGCAGCAGGAGCUGGCAGAGGCUCGGAAGCGGGAGGAGGCCCUGCGGGAGAGCCAUGAGCAGCAGAUGGCCGCGCUGAAGGAGAGGGCCAGGAGCGCUGUCCAGACCGUGAGGGAGCAGGGCGAGGAGCAGAAGGCCCGCAUUCUUGAGGAGCUCCACGAGGCGGCGGUGGGCAGCGGGGAGUCUGAUGGGUUGCAGGAACAGCUGGCAGAGGCUCGGAAGCGGGAGGAGGCCCUGCAGGAGAGCCAUGAGCAGCAGAUGGCGGCGCUGAAGGAGAGGGCCAGGAGCGCCGUGCAGAAGGUGCGCGAGGAGAGCGAGGAGCAGAAGGCCCGCAUACUGGAGGAGCUCCAGCAAGCCAUCUCUGAGGACUCGGGCGGCGAUUCCGCAGCUCUGCAGCAGCAGCUGGCCGAGGCGCAGCGAAGCCUGGAGGACAACAAGGCGACGAUUGCCGACCUGCAGCGCGACCUGGACGCCAAGGAUUGCUCGGAGAUGCUCAUGUCCGACUCGGUGGUGGAGCUGAAGGGCGAGCUCGGCGGCGCCCAGGAGGCCCUGGAGGAGGAGCGCCGGCGGCUUAACGAGCUGCAGGAACGUUACGACGCCACUGGCUCCACCCGAGAGCGCCUCGAGGAGGAGCUGCGCCGGGCAGAGGCCUCCGCAGAGAGCCUACAGCUGGAGCUGAUGAGCGCGCAGUGCGACGGGGACGGCAGCCCUGCAGCGGACGUCCUGCAGCAGGAGCUGACAGAGGCUCGGAAGCAGGAGGAGGCCCUGCGGGAGAGCCAUGAGCAGCAGAUGGCGGCGCUGAAGGAGAGGGCCAGGAGCGCCGUGCAGAAGGUGCGCGAGGAGAGCGAGGAGCAGAAGGCCCGCAUACUGGAGGAGCUCCAGCAAGCCAUCUCUGAGGACUCGGGCGGCGAUUCCGCAGCUCUGCAGCAGCAGCUGGCCGAGGCGCAGCGGAGCCUGGAGGACAACAAGGCGACGAUUGCCGACCUGCAGCGCGACCUGGACGCCAAGGAUUGCUCGGAGAUGCUCAUGUCCGACUCGGUGGUGGAGCUGAAGGGCGAGCUCGGCGGCGCCCAGGAGGCCCUGGAGGAGGAGCGCCGGCGGCUUGGCGAGCUGCAGGAACGUUACGACGCCACUGGCUCCACCCGAGAGCGCCUCGAGGAGGAGCUGCGCCGGGCAGAGGCCUCCGCAGAGAGCCUGCAGCUGGAGCUGAUGAGCGCGCAGUGCGACGUGGACGGCAGCCCUGCAGUGGACGUCCUGCAGCAGGAGCUGGCAGAGGCUCGGAAGCAGGAGGAGGCCCUGCGGGAGAGCCAUGAGCAGCAGAUGGCCGCGCUGAAGGAGAAGGCCAGGAGCGCCGUCCAGAAGGUGCGCGAGGAGAGCGAGGAGCAGAAGGCCCGCAUACUGGAGGAGCUCCAGCAAGCCAUCUCUGAGGACUCGGGCGGCGAUUCCGCAGCUCUGCAGCAGCAGCUGGCCGAGGCGCAGCGGAGCCUGGCGGAGAAGGAGGCGAAACUUGCCGACCUGCAGCGCGACCUGGACGCCAAGGACUGCUCGGAGAUGCUCAUGUCCGACUCGGUGGUGGAGCUGAAAGGCGAGCUCGGCGGCGCCCAGGAGGCCCUGGAGGAGGAGCGCCGGCGGCUUAGCGAGCUGCAGGAACGUUACGACGCCACUGGCUCCACCCGAGAGCGCCUCGAGGAGGAGCUGCGCCGGGCAGAGGCCUCCGCAGAGAGCCUGCAGCUGGAGCUGAUGAGCGCGCAGUGCGACGGGGACGGCAGCCCUGCAGUGGACGUCCUGCAGCAGGAGCUGACAGAGGCUCGGAAGCAGGAGGAGGCCCUGCGGGAGAGCCAUGAGCAGCAGAUGGCGGCGCUGAAGGAGAGGGCCAGGAGCGCCGUGCAGAAGGUGCGCGAGGAGAGCGAGGAGCAGAAGGCCCGCAUACUGGAGGAGCUCCAGCAAGCCAUCUCUGAGGACUCGGGCGGCGAUUCCGCAGCUCUGCAGCAGCAGCUGGCCGAGGCGCAGCGGAGCCUGGCGGAGAAGGAGACGAAACUUGCCGACCUGCAGCGCGACCUGGACGCCAAGGACUGCUCGGAGAUGCUCAUGUCCGACUCGGUGGUGGAGCUGAAAGGCGAGCUCGGCGGCGCCCAGGAGGCCCUGGAGGAGGAGCGCCGGCGGCUUGGCGAGCUGCAGGAACGUUACGACGCCACUGGCUCCACCCGAGAGCGCCUCGAGGAGGAGCUGCGCCGGGCAGAGGCCUCCGCAGAGAGCCUGCAGCUGGAGCUGAUGAGCGCGCAGUGCGACGUGGACGGCAGCCCUGCAGUGGACGUCCUGCAGCAGGAGCUGGCAGAGGCUCGGAAGCAGGAGGAGGCCCUGCGGGAGAGCCAUGAGCAGCAGAUGGCCGCGCUGAAGGAGAAGGCCAGGAGUGCCGUCCAGAGUGUGAGGGAGCAGGGCGAGGAGCAGAAGGCGCAGCUGCUGGAGGAGCUCCAGCAGGCGGCGGCGGGCAGCGCAAGCUCGACCGACGAGGUCACCAGCAUGCAGGAGCAGCUGGUAGAGGCUCGUCAGCGGGAGGAUGCCCUGCAGGAGAAGGCGGCGGCCGCGGCUCGUCAGGAGCAGGGGCGGUGCGACCUCCUCCUGGAGGAGGUCCGGGAGAAGGCGCUGGCGGAGAGCGUCGCCCAGGCGGCCGCUCAGGAGCAGGUGGCGAAUGCGUCGAGGCUGCAAGAACGGCUGGGGGAAGUCGAGGCGGCCGCUGCGGCGGACGCCGACGCAGCCCUCAGUAAGGUGCGCGCCACCUGGCAGGAAGAGCAGCAGCAGCUAGACGAAGCGCUUGCGCAGGCCCGCAGGCAGGAGGAGGCCCUGAGGGAGAGCCACGAGCAGCAGCUGGCGGCGCUGAAGGAGAGGGCCAGGAGCGCCGUGCAGAGCGUGAGGGAGCAGGGCGAGGAGCAGAAGGCGCAGCUGCUGGAGGAGCUCCAGCAGGCGGCGGCGGGGCGCGCGAGCUCGACCGACGAGGUCGCCGCCCUGCGCUCGCAGCUGGCGGCAGCCGAGAGUUACCAGCAGGAGGCGGUGGCGCUGCAGGAGGCCAUGGCGGAGCGCUCCAGCUCGUGCCGGGCCCUCGGUGCCGAGGCGUCUGCCCUGCGGGAGCAGCUGGCGGAGGCGGAGGCCCGGCGGGGGGCGCAGGUCGAGGCUCUGCGAGGGGAGCUGCAGUCCCUGCAGGAGGGGGCGGCGGCCGCGGCUCGGCAGGAGCAGGGGCGGUGCGACCUCCUCCUGGAGGAGGUCCGGGAGAAGGCGCAGGCGGAGAGCGCCGCCCAGGCGGCCGCUCAGGAGCAGCAGGCGGGCGCGUCGAGGCUGCAGGAGCGGCUGGGGGAGGUUGAGGCGGCCGCCGCGGCAGACGCCGACGCUGCCCUCGGCGAGCUGCGCGCCGUUCUGCAGGAGGAGCAGGGCCAGUGUGCACAGCUCGAGGCGCGCGGCCAGGACCUGGAGCAGCGCGUUCAGCAGGCCGAGGCCGCUCGGAGGGCCAGGGAGGCCAGGGUGGCGGAGCUGGACAGCGAACUGGGCGCGCAGGACGCGGCCCUGGCCGAUGCGGAGCAGGGCCUCAGAGCGCAGGAGGCCGCUGCCGAGGGCCUGCGGCGGGACCUGGACCGCGAGCGCGAGGCCUGGGAGGGCGCGGAGCGGGCGCGCGAGGCGGGCGCGCACGAGCUGCGGGAGCAGGCGGCGAGCGCCUCGCGCGCCGCCGCGGCGCUGGAGGGGCAGCUGGCCGAGGCCCGAGGCCGCUUCGAGGGCGAGCUCGCAGAGCGCACCGCGGAGGCCAGCGCCGCGCUGGCGCAGGAGAGGGCCUCGUGUGCGGCGCUGCAGCAGGCGCGGGACGGGCUGGAGGAGGCCAGGGUGGACCUGGAGCGGCGGCUGCUCGAGGCGGAGGAGAGCGGUCGGUCGCUGCAGGCGAGCCUGGCGAAGGCGCAGCGGGACUCGCGGGCGAAGGACAUCCUGGCCUGCAAGCUGGUCACCGCGGAGGCCCGGUACAGCGAGCGCGAGAAGGCCUUCCAGAACUUACAGGCGGCGUUGCUGAAACGGACGCAGAUCGAGCGCGACUUGGACGCCAGGCACGGCGAGAUGCAGGAGAGAGUCCACGAGUCCUCCACGACGCAGGCCGAGCUGGAGCAGAAGGCCGACCAGCUGGAGCGCGAGCUCGCGCAGCGGGACGGCGCCCAGGAGGCCCUGUCCGAGCAGCUGCAGGGCGCGCUCGGCAGGCUCUCCGUCGCCGAGAGCGAGCUGGAGUCCGAGCGCCUGGCCCUCGAGGCCGGGUUCGAGGAGCGCCUGCACGCCUCGGCGGCGCGGCUAGACCAGCUGCAGGACGAACUGGCCGCCGCCCUGGACGCGGAGCGCGCCGCGUCCGCUGGCGCCGACUCGGCGCGGCAGGAGGCGGAGGAGCAGGCCUCCUCCGCGAGAGCGAGCCAGGAGCACCUGCAGGAGGUGGAGCAGAUGUACGCGGCCCUGGCGGAGGAGGGCGAGGAGGGCAUCGCGGAGGCGAAGGCCGCCGCAGAGGCAGAGGUGGCGCUGGUGCGCAGCGGCUCGAGGCAGCUGGUGGAGGAGAGCGAGGCCGCGGAGGCUGACCUCCAGGAGCUCCUCGAGGAUGAGCGACGGCGGAGCGAGGAGCUCCAGAGGCGGCUGGAGGACGUCGAGGACGCGCAGGCCACGAUCGCGAAUCUGCAGUCGGUUCUCGACGAGGAGAGGGCGGGCUACGCCGAGCUCGAGCGCACGAGCGAGGCCCAGCAGCUCAGCCUCAACGAGCGGGUGCGGAUGCUGGAGGCGUCGGCGGUAUCCCUGGAGGACGAGCUGGCCGAGGCCCAGGCCGGCGCCGAGGAAGCCCGGCAGGCCACGAUCGCGAAUCUGCAGUCGGUUCUCGACGAGGAGAGGGCGGGCUACGCCGAGCUCGAGCGCACGAGCGAGGCCCAGCAGCUCAGCCUCAACGAGCGGGUGCGGAUGCUGGAGGCGUCGGCGGUAUCCCUGGAGGACGAGCUGGCCGAGGCCCAGGCCGGCGCCGAGGAAGCCCGGCAGGCGGCCGCAGACGGGGCGGCGCAGGAGCACGAAGCCGCCAGGGAGGCCCUCGGGGCUGCGGAGGCGGAGCUCCAGGCGGCGAGGCUCAGGCUCGCCGCCGCGGAGGCGGAGGCCGCCCGAGGCGCGGAGGCCGUCCCGGAGCUGCAGGAGCAGCUCCGCGCGGCCGAGGAGGCGGCGGCUGGCCAGCGCGAGGCGUGGCAGGAGGCGCUGGGGGCGGCGGAGGAGGAGCUCGAGGCGGCGCGGCAGACGCUCGAAGAGGCGGAGGCGGCGGGCCUGGGCGAGGUCCACGAUCUGCGGGCCCGGCUGCGGGCCGAGCAGGAGGGCGCGAGCGAGGCCGAGGAGGUGCUGCGGGGCCUGCAGGCCUCCCUGUCCAGCCGCGCGCAGCUCCACCAGUCCCUCGAGAGCAGGCAAAGCGAGCUCGAGGAGGACGCAGAGCGCGCAGCCGACGCGCGCGCGGCGCUGCUAGAGGAGCUGCGGCGGAGAGAGGACAGAGACGCGGCCCUCUCGGAGGAGCUGAGAGAACUGCGGGAACUGGCCGAUGGCCACCACGCCGACGCCAGGGAGCUGGAGGCCCGGCUCGGGGAUGCCGCAGCCUUCAACGAGUCGCUGCAGGACCGGCUCUCCAGAGCGGAGGUCGCCGAGGCGGCGGUGCAGGCCGCCAGCAGCCACGAGGCGUCGCUGGCCGUCCAGGCGAAGGCCUCCGCCGAGGCGGCGCUGCGGCAGGCGCUCGAGGAGGACCAGCUCUCGCAGCUGCAGUGCGAG